AGGUAACAAAGGGAAAAUAACAAAAGGAUAGAUCUGUAAAACUGUAUAGGCUAAUAAUAUACGUUAAAUUAUUCUAAUAAAUUUAACUUAGAAAACGAAUAUUCAAAUUUUAUUGUUCCUUUAUGUUAUAUUAUUUUGUCCUAUUUUUAGAAAAAUGGUUAAAGAGGUUAAAGUAGAGAAACAGAAGAGUGCUUUUGAUGACAGUUGGAUUGGAGCUGCACGUAGUGAUACAGCUACUCAACAGAUCAAGAUCGAGAUGCAGGAGGAUGAAUUUGGAGAAUGUGAAUUAGCAACUAGCAGCAUCAAAGAUGAGUCAUCCUCACACAAAGGUUCAACUUCCAAUCAGAUGGCGAGUGUUAAGCAGGAAAAUGAUAGCAGCCAAGAACCAGCGCCAGAGUGCAGCACUGCAUGCUCUCUAACUGAUGAUGAUUUCAGCCAACAACAUUAUCUAAUCCCUGGCUAUAAUCUAAUAUUCAUCAAAGAGGAAGAAUAUGUUGAGCAAGAGGCAGAAGGAUGUUCAGUGGAGAGUGAACCGGAGAUGUGGCCUUCAAACUGCAGCACAUCUGAAACUGCCAAUGCAACAGAAGUGGGUGGACUGAAUGCACAUUCAAUCUCUCCCAUGGAAGAGUGCACUGAGCCAUCUGUGGCUGGCAAAAAGAUGAAGCUUUACAGCUGUGCUGACUGCACCUAUAAAACUACACGGAUAACUCAUUUGAAGAGACACAUGAGAAAUCACACUGGGGAAAAGCCUCUCAGUUGUGAGUAUUGUGACUAUAAAUUUACUCAAUCUGGUACUUUGAAGGAACAUAUCAGAACACAUACAGGAGAAAGACCUUUUAGCUGCGAGUAUUGUGGCUAUAAAUGUGCUCGAUCAAGUGCUUUGAAAUCACAUAUCAGAACACAUACAGGAGAAACACCUUUCAGCUGCGAGUAUUGUGAUUAUAAAUGUGCUCGAUCAAGUAAUUUAAAGAUACAUAUCAGAACACAUACUGGAGAAACACCUUUCAGCUGCGAGUAUUGUGACUAUAAAUGUGCUCGAUCAAGUAAUUUGAAGGAACAUAUCAGAACACAUACAGGAGAAACACCUUUCAGCUGCAAGUAUUGUGACUAUAAAUGUGCUCAAUCAAGUAAUUUGAAAUCACAUAUCAGAACACAUACAGGAGAAACACCUUUCAGCUGCGAGUAUUGUGACUAUAAAUGUGCUCGAUCAAGUGCUUUGAAAUCACAUAUCAGAACACAUACAGGAGAAACACCUUUCAGCUGCGAGUAUUGUGACUAUAAAUGUGCUCGAUCAAGUGAUUUGAUAAAACAUGUCAGAACACAUACAGGAGAAAGACCUUUCAGUUGUGAGUUAUGUGACUAUAAAUGUGCUCGAUCAAGUAAUUUGAAGGAACAUAUCAGAACACAUACAGGAGAAACACCUUUCAGCUGCAAGUAUUGUGACUAUAAAUGUGCUGGAUCAAGUAAUUUGAAAAAACAUAUAAGAACACAUCAUAAAGGAGAAACAACUACUAGCUGAAAAUUUGUGACUUUACGUGUGCUCAUUCAAAUUCAUUUUACUGUGUUUCCUAGUAAGGUGGUCACUAAUAACAGGACAAGUGUAUUGAACAUGUGUGUGUACACAAAUGUCCAUACAUUGUUGUGUCAUCACAGCUAAAGGCUUCAAACAACAUUUUUUCAUGUUCUGAGUAAGUAUCGGCUCACACCCCCCCCCUCCUUUAUUUAUAUUGCCAGGGUCGCCCUGAGCUGGCGUCUGUGGAGGGGCGGAGUGGGGGAUGCUGCUCACAGUGUGGUGUGUGCCGGCGGGUGGUUGGGGACGGCUGGGCUCCUCGCGGUGUUGGGUGUCCUCCACAUACACCACGGUUGUCAUCUCACAACACUGAAAUUCUCUCUUUCUAAGGGUACAACCACACUGAAAGCGGAGCGAGGCAUGGCGUCAAGGAGCCUCGUGAACAAUAUCAUGUUAAGUAAUGAGUUAAAACACACUGCAAGCUUCUACUCGCAGAGCGGAGCGUCAAAUUUUGGAACAAGCUGGUUUGUUUUUUGGAGCGUCUACGAGCGGAGUGUCAAAGUGCGAGUUCCCUACUCAUGUACAUACUAGUGGUCUACUCUUGUACAUAGUAAUGCACUUGUUCUACUACAUUGUUUAUUACCAUCUAGUACACUAGUAUAUUAAAUUCAAUGUUUGCCCAAAUUCCCCUGUAAUGUGUAUUAUUUGCUUAUUCAAAAGAGAACAUUCAUCUAUUGCACUUUGAAAUCAAAUGUAAGGCUAUUCUAAUCCAUUUCAUUCAAAUUUCUAUGAAAUAUGGUUACCUUACUGUUAUUUAAUUACAAUGAAAAUGACAUUUAUGUAAUAACAUUGGUAGAUAAAAUAAUAAAGUGGUAAUUGUGCUAUU